AUAAAUUUGAUGAAGAAAUCGAUGUUAGGUAAAACCUCCUUCAGGAAAACAUAUGAUUCCUCCAAUGAAAGAAUGCUUUUACCGAAAGGUUAAAUUUGUCUUUCUCUGUGAAAGUAAAUGAGGACUUAUUUUGUUUUCUUCUUCGUGCUUGUGAAGCUUACUUCAUGCCAGCGGCGGAUAGUUGGUGGAACGGAUGCCGAAGAUGGUAUGUACCCGUAUGCUGCUUUCAUUCUCGUCAACAAGGUUGCUAGCUGUACCGGCAGUCUGCUCACCGAAGAAUGGGUCCUGACAGCGGCACAUUGCAUGGGAAAUAAGCCACUACUAAUCGAGGUUAUUGCUGGAGCAGCCAACAAAAGGAGCGAGAAGGCCCAGAGUAGAAAAGGCAAAGAAGUGGUAAUUCACGGGAAAUAUGCACCUAUGCAAUUAGCGGGUUAUGAUAUAGCUCUUAUAAAGGUAGAUAAUCCGUUCAAUAUGAGCUCCCUUAACAUUGGUACGAUUUCCCUGUCCUCAGAAGAAUGGCCACAAGACAACCAGAUGCACGUGAAUUGCAAAGUGUUAGGUUGGGGCAGGAUCAGUACAAACGGAAAAUCACCAGAUGUCCUUCAACAUCAAGAUGUCGUGGCUAAACAUGGAACAGAUGGAUGCCCUUGCGUUAAAAGAUUCGAACAGAAGAGGUUAGUGUGCAUUGAGGGAAUGGUCGGUAAGGGUCCAUGUAUGGGUGAUUCUGGAGGUCCUUUGGUUUGCAAUGGUAAAGAAGUUGGGAUAACCCACAUGGGCUUCAACCGACAAAAAUGUAAUCCAAUUUAUCAUCAAAUUCCCAAGACUACCUGUGGCGACAAAGACACCGUUGUCACUUACCUGUAUCUCUGUCCAGAACUUAAUUGGAUUAGAAAAUUUGUGCCUGUGGUACCAGCUAAACCUGAGUCAUGUUCAGCCAUCGUACAUCGUAGAUAUAAUCUUUAUUUUAUAACAGUUUUAGAGAUUUUUGUUGUUUAUGUAGUGAAUAUUUUUUAAUAUGUGUAAAUAAACUUUAAUGUAAUAUCAAUUAAAAAUAAAUGAAAUCUAU